AUGGAGGGGGCGGAUAAUUUCAAUCCAGAGGUAAUAGAGAUACUGCGGAGUGUGGCUAAGGACGGUUCUGAGAUCGAAGAAUUAGUCAAUGAAUUGAAUAAAGCUCUUGAUAGUAUGCAUUCCCCUCAUGCACAACAACAAUACUCUUCAAUUAACGCCAAAUACUCAACAGUUUUAGCUAAAUUAGACAAAAUUAUACGUCAAUCUCAAUUAGCACUCGCCAGACAAGAAGGAACCGUCGAAAUUCGUCCAUUUUCUCCAAUACAGCAAACUAUACCGAAUUCUCCAAGUCAACCAGCUCAAUUAGUAGAGCAUGAGGAACCUAAACUUCAUAUACACAAACCUCGCCAUAUGUUUGAACUAUUUACGACUAGAGAAAUGAAAUUAUGUGAUAUGCCAUAUCCAAGUUUAUGCGGUGCAAUUCCAGCCAAUCCAGAUGAAAGAAUACCAAUAGAUGAGUUUGUAGCUGCUAAAGUCAAUGAUGACGAUGAAGAAUAUAUUUUAUUCUACGUUGCGGGCUACGAAGACGAUGAAACAUAUAUAAUUGUUGAUGCCCAUGACGAAAAUCCUAAAGCAGUCAAGAAACAUCGCUCAGAACUCCUUCCCCUCCCCACAACAUUACCAAAACAAAAAUCAUCAAGAGUGGAGUACCCAACUGGGUCACAUGUACUUGCUCUUUGGCCGUUAGACAAUGAUGAAUGGACUUCUGCGUUUUAUCCUGCAACUGUCGUUAAAGUUCCUUCAAAGACCGGAUCUUGUUAUACUCUAAGAUUCGAAGGUGAUACAGAUAAUGAUUUUAAAGAUGUUCGCGAAAAUUUUGUUAUUAGAGAUCCUCAGGGAAAUAAAUAG